CGCCUUGAUUCAGGCAUAGAAGAGCGUUGCGCUAUUUGUUUACCAGUAUUAUAUAAAAAUGCGUGAUGGAACAUAGUUUAAUUUUUUUUAAAUCUAUUGAGAAAGUUGAUGGUGAUUCAUUCACAUUGUCUAUGUUGUUAGUUAAAAUAACCUAAAAUUAACCUUGUGAAUCUCAUUAACGGAAAACCAGAUUUCUUCAGCGGGAUCGAUAAGUAAAAAGCGAGUGUAAUCUCCACUACAACUCAUAAUGACACAAAUAACCCAGGAGGAAAUCAUAACAAACACAAAAACUGUACUGCAGGGCCUUGAAGCUUUACGUGUAGAGCACCUAACCCUGAUAUCGAACUUCAAAGAAGGGAAUAAAAAGGAUACAGAUAAAUCUAAUAUAGUGCUAAAGAACAUAGAGAAUAUCGAACUCGGUCUAGGCGAAGCACAGGUGAUUGUUGUGUUGGCAUCACAUCUUCAAAAUAUUGAAGCCGAAAAGCAAAAGCUGCGUACACAAGUGAGGCGUCUUUGCCAGGAAAAUGCUUGGCUUCGAGAUGAAUUAGCGAACACUCAACAAAAAUUGCAAUCAUCAGAACAAAAUGUCGCUCAACUAGAAGAAGAGAAAAAGCAUCUUGAAUUCAUGUCAUCCGUGAAGAAGUAUGACGAGAAUCAAGAAACUGAAGAAAAUACGGAAAAAACACGAUCUAAUCCUGUAGUUGAGCUUUUUCCUGAAGAUGAUGUGGAAGAACGAAAUAUUGGCCAUCCUAAUCAGUUUGCAAAUAACGCUAGUACUGGUUACGAGAUUCCAGCACGAUUGCGAACUUUACACAAUUUAGUUAUACAAUAUGCAUCACAAGGUCGAUAUGAAGUAGCUGUACCACUCUGUAAACAAGCUUUGGAGGAUUUGGAAAAAGCAAGUGGCCGUGAUCAUCCUGAUGUAGCGACCAUGUUGAACAUACUAGCAUUAGUUUACAGAGAUCAGAAUAAGUAUAAAGAAGCUGCAAAUUUAUUGAACGAUGCGUUAGCGAUCCGAGAAAAAACAUUAGGAGAAAACCAUCCAGCCGUAGCUGCAACCCUUAAUAAUCUGGCCGUAUUGUACGGCAAGCGAGGAAAAUAUAAAGACGCGGAGCCUUUAUGUAAGAGAGCUUUGGAAAUUCGUGAGAAUGUCCUUGGUAAGAAUCACCCAGACGUGGCAAAACAGCUUAAUAAUUUGGCGUUAUUGUGUCAAAAUCAGACUAAAUAUGAGGAAGUGGAAAUGUAUUACAGAAGGGCAUUGGAAAUUUACGAAAUGAAAUUAGGUCCCGAUGAUCCGAAUGUGGCUAAAACGAAAAAUAAUCUGGCAAGUUGUUACUUAAAACAAGGGAAGUACAAGGAGGCUGAAAUAUUAUACAAACAGGUGUUGACGAGAGCGCACGAGAGAGAAUUUGGGGCAAUCAAUGGUGAAAAUAAGCCAAUUUGGCAGGUUGCUGAAGAAAGAGAAGAGAAUAAAUUGAAAAACCGUGAAAAUACUCCUUACGGAGAAUAUGGUGGAUGGCAUAAGGCUGCAAAAGUGGAUUCACCAACUGUAACAACAACACUAAAAAAUCUUGGAGCGCUUUAUCGGAGGCAAGGAAAGUAUGAGGCUGCUGAUACACUGGAGGAUUGUGCUUUGCGCAGUAAGAAAGAGGCCUUGGACAUAGUAAAACAAAGUAAAGUUGCCAAAAUUCUUGGAGUACCAGAGGAGAAAAGUCAGAAAAAAACAGAAAUUGAUAAAUAAUAAGAUGUGCAUAAAAUAUUCAUAGAAUCUAUGUGUAAUAAUUCCAAAGGAUGAUAUGCCUGUUCAAAAAUGUUCAAUUACUAAUAAACAAAUCAUUCCACAAUUGUCAUUACAA